AUGGACUCGUUAUCGAAGAAGAUUCAAAAUUUGGGUAUCCAUGAUAUUCGUAAUGCUGCUCGUUUUGCACAGAACAUGAUUGUUCAGUAUGAACCGUACCAGAUCGAUAUUCGUAGAGCUACAAAUACGGAUGCUUGGGGUCCAACACCGAAACAUCUGGAGAAAGUUUUGAGAAAUAGGUACCAGGUUCCUCUUUAUCUCUUGACCGAAUAUACUUUGAAGAGACUGGUGGAUCAUGUUGCGACAAGACCGAAAAAUCUGUAUGAAAAAGCUAGAAAAGAUUAUGUUAACUACGGGAGUGAAUGGCGUGUUGUUCUCAAGUGUUUGGUCGUAAUUGAGUUUUUGUUGCUCAACGUUGCCGAUGGCGAUGAGUUGAACCAGGUUCGUAGUUGUUUGGUAACUCAUAAGCACUUGCUUUCGCGUGAAGUGGCACAAUACCGUGUGGCGAUGUCGAACGAUGGUAAGAUGGAAGUUCAUGAACGUGGGAUCCGCAAGAAAUGUGAGAAUAUUCUUCAAUUGCUAGAUGAUACUCAGUAUUUGAAGAAAGAACGUCGUGCUCAUGCGAAGAAUAAUUUGAAAAUAAGACAACAGGCAGAGUCAUCUCUUUACAACGCAAACCCAAUUGAUACAUCCGCAAUGAGUUCGGAAUACUUGGAUAGUGAUGAGGGUGUUGAAGAAGAGGAACCGCAUCGUAGGCGUUCGCAAUUGGAUCAACAGAGAAGACAAAGAAGAGAUAUCUUGAGGGAAAGGAUUAAGAAUACAGAGAUUCAAAGAAAGAAACAACAGCAACAACAGGAUUUGCCUGAUCUGAUCGAUUUCGAUGCAGAACCGGCUCAAGGACAGGAAGACGAAGAUGAAGAUGAAGAUGACGAUGACGAUGACGAUGAAUUUGGCGAUUUUCAAGCGGGCGACGAUUCACAGGCGAUUGCCGCCGCAGCACCACCACCAAAGCCGAAGCAGCAGGAUCUUGAUCUGCUCAAUUGGGAUGCUCCAGUAAACGCACAAGCUCAAACGCCGGCGCAAGCGCAAGCGCCAAAACAGGAUGCUUUCGCAGACCUGUUCUCACAAUCCAAAUCACUCAUAUGA